AUGAAGGAGGUGCGCGACUCCGCCUCCAACUGCAACAGCCUCCGUCGCAAGCUGCUAAAGAAGCUCGAGCCGCUGGAGCUCCGCGUGCUCGAGGACUGCUUCGAACUCUUCGCCGACACUGUGGCCGAGCUGAACAAGGUCCUCGCCGAUCUCUCCUCCGCCGCCGCGCCGAAGAGGUACUACGCCGACCUGCAGACGCUCCUCAGUGGCGCGAUGACGAACCAGAACACCUGCCUUGACGGAUUCACGUACAGUAAGAACAACAUGCGCCGCUUCAUCGAGGGCAGGCUGUGGCGGAUCUUGCGCCACUUCAGCAACUCGCUCGCGAUGGAGCAUAAAUUGAAGAAGAAAAAGGGCUUGGGAGGAGCAUUUCCCCGAGUACGGCAGAAUGCGUGGUGGAUUUUCCGGUGUGGCUGA